AUGAACUAAGUAGACUAGGAAAUUAAGAGACUAAAAUCAAGUGUCAACCUUGAUAACUUAGUGAUUCUCACAAAUAAAGUAGAUUUGUGGCAGAAGAAUAUUAUAAUCCCUUAGGUUUAAUACUAAACUUUGAGCGAUUUUUUAUCCUUUAAUGAUAAAUUUCAACUUAAAGAUUUUGAAUUUAUAUAAAAGAAUCUAGAAUGUUCUUAAAAAGAAAACUCUGUUUGA